CAAAUCACAGCCUUUUAUAUGCUCCCUCUCAACCGCACCAUCUUCUUCCUCCCCUCCACCAUCUUUGAUUCUUUGCUCAUCCGUUCCUACCACCACCAAAGCAAAGCCAAAGGCAAGAAGAUGGCUCUGGUCGGGGAGGUCGCCACGGUGGCGCAGCUGGUGGGGCUCGACGCCUCCAGCCUCAUCACGAUGAUCGCCGAGGCGGCGCGCACGGUGCGCCGGAACCGCGCCACCUGCCGGCAGCUGGCGCGGCGGGUGGAGAUGAUAGGCGCGCUGCUCCGGCGGCUGCAGGACGCGCAGCCGAUGCGGCAGCCGGAGACGCGGGCGCCCGUGGAGGAGCUGGAGGAGACGCUCCGGCGGGCGUACCUGCUCGUGCGCUCCUGCCAGCGCCGCGGGUACGCGUACCGGUGCUUCAUGGGGGCGCGCCACGCCGACGAGCUCCGCGAGGUGCAGGGUGAGAUCGCCUUCUACCUCCAGCUCUUCCCCCUUGUCAGCUACGUCGACGCCACGCUCAACUGGGUCAGGCUUCUCAACAAGGCCGAUGAAACCUCGUCUUGCCAAGAGGCACCUGUGGUAAGACCAUAUCUCGUGCUGUUCCUGUUACUCUCGUGCGAUGGAUGCUGCUUAGCAUUUGUUCAGGGAGUAUGGCUUGGUAAUUGGUACAGUACACACACAGUUUACACCUCCUCUGCUAAUGUUUAAUUUCUGUGUACCUAUCUGUGAAGUUUUCAUGUGUGAUGUGUCACUGCAGGAGUCGAAACAUAAUACUGACUUGUUCCUAUCACUCAACAAACUAACAAUGAUCUAGCUAGCACCCUGUUUUUUUCUUCUUUGGAACAGCUAGCUAGUAUGCAAUGUUUGAUCCUCUUUGUCAGAUUUCCUAGCUGUCAGAUUCCGGUGAAAAUGAAUUCACUGUGUGAAAUAGGACUGCAAAGUUCCACAGUCGCCGGCUCUGAUGCCGGCACAAUCGGUCAAGCCCUUAAGCCUUCCACCAUUGAGGAAGGACGAGUAGGGCCACUCAUAUGAUUUCCCCAGGACGUAUACUUCAAUCUUUCAGAUUUUUUGAGACGCAGAAGCAACUAACUUGAGUGUUGUCAUCUCGUCUGGAAGAGCAAUCAAGGAUGAGUUGUCAUCAUGAAAUAUCAACUUCUGUCAAAACCUUUCCUCUUCAGUGCACACUCCACAGGAGAAGAACUGAGCCAUGAAAACAUCAAAAAGAUCGAUGAACUGCGGUCCCCGACCAAAAUAAUCAUUGCAGAGAGAACGAUAACCUGAGACGUCACCCUGUCAGACGUGUCUUGAUGUCAAUUUUUGCCUUGCGUUUGUGAAUACUCAUUGAUGAACCAUCUGAAUCUCUUAUUCUUCAAAUCUGAUUAUCUGAACACAGUUACCCUUUGUAUUCCAUUUCUUCCAAGCGAUUUGGAACUGUGGACUAUAUUCAGAAUAAGGCAAUUUUCAAGAUGUCUGCCAACGUCCCCACACGCUGCUUCUCUGAAAGUGCAACCUGUACUGCAGAGCGUUUGUUAUUGAUCAGCUACAGAGAUCCAAGGCACUGACUCAUUCUGAGUUGGACUGGAUGUACUACUUAUCUAGUCUCAAAUACUUCAAAUCUGUACAGUACCUCUUUGUAUUUCUCUGCAUUCCUUAGCAGAGAUGUCUGUCAAGAUGUCUGUCAGUUAAACACAUUGCUUCUCUGAAUAUUCAACUUUUACAGAGAAUUUGUUUUCCAUUAGCUA